GUUUCUCAGGAAAGUUUUCUGUUUUUGAAUUUUAACGGCUACUUGAGCUGCAGCUUGUCUGGUAUGCUGCUUGAACUGCAGCUUGGCUGGUUCGACGCUUGUUUGGUAGUCUGAAACCCAUAAAAGAAAGUUGCUUUAUGAGAUUUGAUGCUUUAGUCUUUGGGUUCCAAGGAUUCAACUGAGUCAUGAUGGCACAUGCUGGUUCAAUGCGAUUGUCCCAUGAACUCAAGAUAUGUAGUGGUUAUGGAUGUAGUAACCAACAUACUAAUGUGAUGGGAAAGGGUCGAUUAAGCUUGGUGCACAUCAAUCUUUCAUCGAAUGGUUUGCGACAGGAAGCCUGGAGUCUCCAUCUUUUGAGCAGUGUGCGUGGUCCAAUAUGUCCUGUAUCCUCCAGAUGUAAUGUUUUCUUGUGCCAAUCUGUUCUAGCACCUAGCGGAGGAAAUGAGACUUCUCUUAUGAAAUCUGCAACUGUGGUUUUAACGAGGUCAUAUGAGGCUCUACGUGGAAAGCCUCUUGCGCUUUUGAUUCCAGCUGUUGGUGUUGUUGCUUUUGCUGCUUGGGGUCUUGGGCCACUCAUGCGUCUGAGCAGAACUAUAUUUCUUCAUAGAACUGAUAGUAGUUGGAAGAAAAGUAGUUCAUACUAUGUUUUGACUUCUUAUCUUCAGCCUUUGCUGCUAUGGACUGGUGCAAUACUUAUCUGCAGAACAUUGGAUCGUGUAGUCCUACCUUCAGAAGCCAGUCAAGCUGUCAAAGAACGACUUUUGAAUUUUGUACAAUCGCUAUCGACAGUGCUAGCAUUUGCCUAUUGUUCAUCAAGCUUGAUUCAACAGGGACAACAAUUCUUUAUGGAGACAAAUGAUCCCAGUGAUGCAAGAAAUAUGGGCUUCAGUUUUGCUGGGAAAGCUGUUUAUACUGCAGUUUGGGUUGCUGCUGUCUCAUUGUUCAUGGAGUUGUUGGGUUACUCUACGCAAAGGUGGCUAACUGCCGGUGGUCUUGGCACAGUAUUGCUCACGCUUGCUGGUCGUGAGAUAUUUACCAAUUUCCUUUCAAGUGUAAUGAUUCAUGCAACACGGCCAUUUGUUGUGAAUGAAUGGAUUCAAACAAAGAUUGAAGGCUAUGAAGUUUCUGGCACAGUUGAGCAUGUGGGUUGGUGGUCUCCAACAAUUAUAAGAGGUGCUGAUCGUGAAGCAGUUCACAUUCCAAACCACCAAUUCACUGUUAAUGUUGUGAGUAACCUUAGUCAGAAGACACAUUGGCGCAUCAAGACCCAUCUUGCCAUCAGUCACUUGGAUGUUAAUAAGAUCAAUACUAUUGUAGCCGACAUGCGUAAGGUCUUGUCCAAAAAUCCUCAAGUAGAGCAGCAAAGGUUGCACAGAAGAGUUUUUCUUGAAAAUAUCAAUCCAGAAAAUCAGGCUCUUAUGAUUUUGAUAUCUUGCUUUGUGAAAACCUCACAUUUUGAAGAGUACCUCUGUGUCAAGGAAGCAAUACUGCUGGAUCUUCUCAGAGUUAUCAGCCAUCAUCGGGCGCGGCUUGCCACACCCAUUCGCACAGUGCAGAAAAUAUACAGUGAGGCUGACUUGGAAAAUAUUCCGUUUGCUGACACCAUUUUCACUCGUUCGCGAGCAGCUGCUAACAAUCCUGUCCUACUCAUUGAACCCUCUUAUAGAAUCAGCAGUGAUGAUAAAAGUAAGGCUUCGGCUCGUCCAAUACAUAAUGGAGAAAAAGACACCAAGGUUGAAGCAGUAUCAACAUCUGACUCCAAGGCAGAUUCAAAGGCUGGAUCAGACACAAGCUCAAGUUCUAAGACUUCAUCAAUUGAGAUAUCUGACAACGAAACCAGAAAUUUGGUGUCUGAUGGUUCAGCCCAAAACAACUCCAAAAUGCUUCAUCUCAAGCAAGAAGGCGCAGGAGAUGUAGGGAAGGAGACAAUGGAACCGAAUUCCAAAGAUUUAACUCCAUGUGGGUCAAUGGCUGAGAAGCCAUUAUCUGCUUCCCUGGAAUCAGGCAGUGAAAAAAUGGAUAAUGCUUCAGCCGAUUUACAAGCGAAGCAAGAUGGUGGGAGGGCUGUUGCAUCUCAAUCAACACCGAGGCUGCCCGUGGAAGAGAAUAUUGUUCUUGGUGUAGCCUUAGAAGGGUCAAAACGAACCCUUCCGAUUGAGGAGGAAGGGGCUCCUUCUUCUUCGACGCAUGUAGAGUCAAAAGAAUUUACUGCUAGGAGAAAUGGGUGCAAGUCUCCUCCCGUUAGCAAAGAUAAGAAAGAUGGUCAAAUGCCAGCAGUUCCUAUCGGCACACAAAGCGAUUGACUGUGCGAAGAAGGUGACGAUUGCUGAUAUUAUAAGUAAUCUAUGCUCCUACCAAUUGAAGUUUCAAGUGUAUGUGGCUGAGUUUUUAAAAGCUGCAUUAUUUGAAAUCCCUUGAUUGUAGUUUGUAAAUAAUUGUCGAUUCAAACAGGCAUUCACGGCAGACAUGAUGAUUUGCCAGUGUUAUUAGAUAAGGUGAAAUCUUGAAUGGGAUUUCACCAUUUCAUUUUAUGCUAUUUUUAUGUGUAAUUCA